AAGAGAGGUGCUUGCUGUUGCUGCCUCUGCCUGCCCUUCUUUAAAUGGCAAAGUAAGAUAAAGAAAGCGGGAACGCGUACACCUCUUUGCUUCCCUCUAUAUAGCUCAUUUACUUCUCCAUUACUUGUCAAAUAUAUUCUCUCUCUCUCUUCUUCUCCUUCUUCUUCUUUUUUUGAGAUCUGCGUUUACUGUUUGUUUUUCCUCUGAAGGUUUCUUCAAUGUUAGAGGUUGCAGAUAUGGUUCAACCAAUUGAGACUCCAAACAAGGCUCCCGUCACUAAACAGUCGUCUCAUCCACCUCUAAAUGAAAGGAUAAUUUCAUCAAUGAGCAGGAGGACUGUCGCUGCACAUCCUUGGCAUGAUUUAGAGAUAGGACCUGGAGCUCCGAAGAUAUUCAAUUGUGUGGUUGAAAUAGGGAAAGGAAGCAAGGUGAAAUAUGAACUUGACAAGAAAUCUGGAUUGAUCAAGGUUGACCGUGUGCUUUACUCCUCAGUUGUGUACCCUCACAACUAUGGUUUCAUCCCUCGUACUCUCUGUGAGGACAGUGAUCCCCUAGACGUCUUGAUUAUCAUGCAGGAACCAGUUCUUCCAGGAUGCUUUCUUAGGGCUAAAGCUAUUGGGCUUAUGCCAAUGAUUGAUCAGGGUGAAAAAGAUGAUAAGAUAAUUGCUGUUUGCGCUGAUGAUCCUGAGUACCGCGACUUCGAUGAUAUCAAGGAACUCCCACCACAUCGUUUGGCUGAGAUCCGCCGCUUCUUUGAAGAUUACAAGAAAAAUGAAAACAAGGAAGUUGCUGUUAAUGACUUUCUUCCAGCCUCUGAUGCUUAUAACGCAGUUCAGCAUUCCAUGAAUCUCUACGCUGACUACAUUGUGGAGAGCCUGAGGCGGUGAUGUACAGGCAUACAGAAGAGAUAUAGAUCUUGGACUCUGAUAUAUUCUUAUAUAAGAUGCUGUUACAUUAUAAUCUUUUUAUCACCCACAUGUGAAUGCAUUGGCGUCACAGAUGUGUGCUUAAAUAUGGUAUAUUUGCUACAUGGUUUUGUUAUUAUACUCAUACGAUGAUCAGGACGACGACGACAAUAUGAUCAAGUCUGUUAAAAAAAAAACUUACUAUAGCAAUUAUUGGAAAGAGAGUGAAACAUAGCUUUUGUUUCAAUCCGAUUCUUGGUGAUGCUUGUCCUCAUUUUGCCCCAAUUUCUUCCUCUUUUCUUUUUGACUUUUGUUAAUCCUGUAUCUAUUGAUAUCUUUUGUUUCUGAUUUCUUAUUUUUGUCUAAUUCUAUAUGAGAACCUGAUACGUAAUUUUUCA